AGGACAAGUUCCAAGAGAACGAAGCGGGAAAGCCGAAAGAGGCAGCUCAGGCUUGCUGAUGUAAGCCGCGUGACCUUGACGCGUCGCCCAAAGACGCGUCUCGCUUCAGCAUCCGGCGCCUCCUGUGUUUCACAACCACGGUAGACUACCUACCGUCCUACGACUCCUCAACUCUUUCCCCCUUCCCUCUGGAUAACCGUAUGCCUCAGAUAUGAGCUCUGACGGCUACUUUGACGAUGAACUGGACUCCGCCUUUCUCGAUGAAGUCAAUGCUAUCGAGGCCGCCCACAUUUCCCAACAGCCUUCGGAUGCAUCAUCUUCUAGGCAACCACCUUCAAAGCCUUCUCUACCUUUGCAGCGAGAAGUCAUCGUUGCAGAUGAAUUUGACGAUAGCUUUGCCGACCUUGACAUGAACGAGGACGAGCUUCGACACUUUGAUGAGAUCUGCAACACUCAAGUCGCCAACGUGGCCUCGAGCUCAAAGAGACCUGCAGGACGCACUACGUCCAUGGGUACUGUUCAAACUACUUUAUUUGGAGAGAUUGCAGUCCAGAACGCUUCAACGAGUAAGAGUGGGCCAUCAGCACAACGAACAGGGUCGAGUUCACGAAUUCCUCGCGCUCGCCCUAGGAAGGUUAAGCAGUGGGAUCAUACCGCUUUCGCAAAGACCGGAUGGAAGAAACCCAAAGUAAAGGCUAAAGCGAACUUCGAUGGCGAUGAGGAGGAAGAGGAAGAGUUAGAUGAGCCUGUGGAAUUCGAGCAGUUUCCUGCUCCCCAGGUUGAUAUCAGUCCGCCUCCGCCCAUGAAGCUACAACCAGACCUUCUCGCAGCGAAACGAUGGAUAUAUCCACUGAAUCAACCGAAACGAGACUACCAAUUCAACAUUGUCAACCGCUGCCUUUUCGAGAACACCCUCGUUGCUCUACCCACGGGUCUGGGAAAGACAUUUAUCGCCGGCGUGGUAAUGUUGAAUUUCUAUACAUGGUUUCCCGAGGGAAAAGUAGUCUUUGUUGCUCCUACGAAGCCAUUGGUCGCCCAGCAGAUUGAAGCCUGUCAUAAGACCUGCGGCAUACCAGGCAGCCAUGCUGCAGAGUUAACUGGACAGAAUCCCAGAAUGCAGCGUGCCAAAGCUUGGCGAGAGAAGCGCGUUUUCUAUAUGACGCCACAGACCCUCAUGAAUGACUUAAAGACAGACAACUGUGAUCCUCGUGAUAUCGUUCUUCUAGUCAUAGACGAGGCUCACAAAGGCACUGGCGACUAUGCAUAUGCCCAAGCUAUUCGGUACCUUAUGGCUAAGAACCCACAUUUCCGGGUUCUAGCACUCACUGCUACACCUGGUUCGACACCAGACGCCGUUCAGGACAUUGUUGACGCUCUCCAUAUCAGUAAUAUCGAAAUUCGAGACGAGAAUAGUCUUGAUCUACGUGCAUAUAUGCACAAGAAGCAUUCUCAACAACAUAUUGUAAACAUGGAUGGCGACGUCGCCAAGGUCCGCGACAUGUUAGCCGAACUAAUGGAGCCUAUUCUCAAACAACUUCAACGGAUCAGUCUCCUACGCGGGCCAGUUGACCCCGUGGGUCUUCAUCCGUAUCGCUGUCAAGCAGCCCAACAAGAGCUGCAUGCACGUCGGGAUAAGCAGCCGUGGGCUUUCAAACCAUUAUCUAACCUCGGCUCCUUGGCUCGCGCUAUGGGUUAUCUAAUGGAAGCCAGUAGUGGCAUGUGCUAUACGUCGUUGAAGGAUCUUGCAGAGCGAGGGGAAGGCAAAAACGAUGGUGACGGCAAGAAGGCGGGUGGAGGAUCGAAGUUGACCAAGGAUCCUAAGUUCCAGGAAGUCCUCAAGGAACUCGAGAACCAGUACAAACGAGGGUUCUCCGUUCAUCCGAAGAUGGAAAAACUGAAGAUGUUGCUGGUGCAGCAUUUCACAACCCGGAUGUGCGAGAAGGAUGAAGCUGAGGAGAGAGGAGAUACCGAGGCGGCCAAGGAAGCCAGUUCCUCUCGAGUUAUGGUGUUUGCAUCGUUUAGGGAAUGCGUCGACGAGCUUGUCGAGCUUCUUAGUCAAGAGAAUCCUCUCAUCCGCGUCACGAAGUUCAUUGGACAGGGUAUGGACAAACAGGGCAAGAAAGGUUAUGCGCAGAAGGAACAAUUAGAGGUACUGAAGAAGUUCAAAGCGGGCGAGUACAACGUACUCGUUUCUACUUCCAUUGGUGAAGAAGGUCUUGACAUUGGCGAGGUUGACAUGAUCGUGUGCUAUGACGCGCAGAAGACGCCAAUUCGAAUGCUUCAACGUGUAGGACGUACCGGUCGCAAACGUGACGGAUACAUUCACGUACUUCUUUCCGAAGGUCGAGAAGAGCGGAAUUGGGAGAAGGCGAAAGAGAAGUACGAAGCUGUCCAGAACUUUAUUGUCCGUGCGGAACAUGUGGAGCUGUUCGACGAUGUUCCUCGCAUGCUGCCGGAAGAGAUCGAGCCGACAUGUAUCGAGAUGGAGAUGGAUAUCGAAGAAUACAUUCGAGAGGAUCCCAGCAGCAAGAAGGCCUCCUUCGCCAACUCUCCAUCAUCGAAAGCCGCGAAGCGAAAGCGCAACGACGAUGCUAUGCGAAACAUCCCUGCGGGCGCGACGAAUGGAUUUGUUAGCGUCAAGGAUCUCCUGGAGAAGGGUGCAUCGUCGAAGAAACGGAAGAAACCUUUGGAGUUCGAUCCCUCUGCUAUUGAGGAAGAUGAAGAUGAUCUGGAGAUCGAGGCUGGUCUCUUUGGACCUCGGAGGACUGUGUCUCUAAGCACAGAAUCGAGGGCACCCAAGAAGAGGAAACCCCGAAGAGCUACUACUGUUGCUGGUGAUCCUGCCACAGACAAACCGGCGAAGACGAAGCGAACUUCUGUACCAAAGAAGAGGAAACUCACCCCAGUGGAGGAGAUGACGAGCAGCCAAUUCGAUCGUUUAACGCAGGACGAUUCAGACGACAUGGAACUCCAAGCAGGGAUAUUUGCAUCACCCAAGCCUCUGGACAAGAAGAAAGCUCCGACAAAGAGAAAGCAGAAAUCUACAUCUGAUAAACUUCCCGGGAAACCACCGCCCAGGAAGAAACUCCUCACUGACCCUACAUCCUCUCCGGAGGUGCCUUUGAACGACAGUAUCAUUGACCUGACGAUUCCGAGUUCUCCUAGACGACCCUUGUCUCCCCUUAUCUUACCCCCAUCUUCUCCCGAUAGACCACUGUCCAGUGGACGAAUGUCGACACCCAAUGGAAGUGGGCGUCGCGGUCGAUCUUCUGAGUCUCCCGCCGCCUCACCUAGUCCAUCUUUCCGCAGCGGAAGUGCUGAUCAACAGAUGCCUGAUGCUAGCAUGGCGUGGCUGGUCGAGGACGAUAGCGAGCCUGAUAUUCAGUUCCUUGGAUCCUCUCCCGCGAGCAAUCACGGAUCCUCCACCAAAGCAAUCGUGAAUGGCGAUGACGACAGUGACGUUGAGUUCGUCGAUUAUGACCCUCCUCCGAUACCUUCAGCGUCUUCAAACGAAGUCACGGUUGGUUCAUCUCCCCUCGUAGUGAGAUCCUCGCCGCCGGCUUCAGGUAAACGACGAAACGACAUGCCACCACCAGCUGUCUUACCAGCACGAUUUUCAUUACCGUCUCCAACCGUAUCGGACGAUGGGGCGGCGCCUCCCUUAACAUUUGCGGUUCGUGCUCCGGGUCGAAUGGCUAAGAAGAAAGUCGUCCUAGAUAGCAUCGACUCCUCUCCUUUAGCCAUGCCUCCAGCUUCACAACGACGACUACAAAGACAACGUGAAUCUCCCUCUCCCUCUCCGGAUUCAGACCCUCAACCUAAGCGAAAGAAGCGGAAGUUCAGAGACGCGAUGGAUGCACAAAAUCAUGUUCCUUGGAUCGACAUGGAAGCGUCACAUUCAGGUGACGAGCGUAGUGUCGGAGGAUCUGAUGAUGACUUGGCAGCCAACUCCUCCGAUCGAGAGUUUGUGCAGGAGCUCCCAGAGACGCAAAUGCCCCCUUCAUACGAUCAAUCUGCUGUUUAUCGUCGCAGCCUGUUUACUCAAGCACCUGGCAGCACAGGUCCUGCAUUUGCCAAAGGACCCGUGCGCAGAGGUGCUCAUCGAUACAACUUUGCUGGCCCUUCGAGGCUACAGCAUCCUUUGUCUAGUUCGCCAGGCGGACCAGACGAGCAUGACGAUUACGUCCAUGGAAGUUUUGUGGUCGAUGAUGACGCUGACAUCUCUUACAUUACUUCUUUGAGCGAUUGAGUUCGUCGUGCUAGUCAUUAUUGGAACAUGGGCCGUCAAUCUCAGUCGUUUCCUUCUCAGUUUCGGGUUCUGUUCGGGCAUGAUUUACAUUGAAAGUCGCCAUAUUUUCCAACACUGGAUUGAAACCGAUACUACAUAGAGGACGCACGUACGCUCUGAAGAACUGAAGUGUUCUUAUAACCAUAACGAUCAGAGGCAGUCAUGAAAUAUGCAUCAGUCAAAGUCGUUCC